AUGAGUGAUAUAAAGAAACGGAGUGAAAACAAAAGAGUGUUUGUCGGAAAUGUACCCUACUCUCUGGCUCACCCAACAGUGAGAGAGCAAAGCUAUUAGAAAAAUCGGCUCCAUGUUCAAAUAACAGUGAAUUUUUGAGAGUGUAAAUUUCAUCAAAAUAAAAUUGGUCAAAAAUUUAACGGUAUUUUUGGUCAAAUGUCUCACUAAAAAAGUUUCAACCAUUUUCGACCAAAAGUACUUCGUUGAAAUGCACACUAUCAAUAAUAAGCACUAUCAUUGGACCUGCACCCAGAAAAAUCAUAUGUGUUGGAAAAAUCGCCAAACGAUUUUUUUUAUAAAAUAUUUAUAUACAAGCGAUGGCUAUUAGUAUCUAAUUUUUAAUUUCAUUUUAAAUGAUUGCAUUCUAAAACAUAAAUUUUAUUGUUUAAAUUGCUAAUUUAAAAAUUUUAAAAAAGAUCACUAUAUAAAAAAGUUUAUCUCGUUUACAGAGAGAGGAAGAGUGAGUAAAGCUGAGCUCCAACUGCACAUGGAGAGAGCUGGUGAAGUUAUCAGGGUUGAUUUAUUUUUGGAUGAAAUGAAAUAUUCAAGAGGAUGUGGAAUAGUAGAGUAUUGUACUUACUCUGAUGCACAAAGAGCAGUAUCAAUUUUAAAUCAUUCGGUACUGAUGGGUCGUACUAUUACAGUAAAAGAAGAUGAUACAUAUGGGAGCAGCAGAAAUCGACGCAGCCCAUCUCCAAAACCUCAACCGUGCCAAAUUAGAAUCAAAAAUAUGCCUCCUUCAGUAACUUGGCAGCAGUUAAAGGAUGUGUGUAGAGAAAUCGGAAAUGUUACAAGAGCUGACCUUUCACUUGAUCGAAAUGGGAAAUCUAAAGGAUCUGGGAUUGUGACAUUUGAAAAGCCAGAAGAAGCAAAGGAAGCAUUACGAUUGCUUAAUGGAGCCAUUUUCAAUGACCGAGAAGUUUUUGUGUAUUUGGAUUCAGGUGAUAUUUAUAAUUAG